AAUUGAUCAGAUCGUGAGUGACGGUAACUGUUUUUUUCUGCUAAACCAUUUGGAAAUGCGGAAAAGACCAUGUGACAGAGCAUGUGACAAAGCAUGUGACAGCACAUGUGAUGCACAAUCAGGUGACGCACUAUAUGAUUAUUAUAUGACCUCACCCUGACACUUGCUACAAAACCUUCUGCUAAAUGAACCCUGCCUUAUAAUACCCUCCCCACACUAAACACAACUCUACCCACAACCACUAUAAUUAUAUAUAUAUACUAAUACAAUGUCUGACGCCCCUCGAGGAAUAUUAAGAAACAAAAAAGAAGUCUCCGAAUCGGACCAUGUAUUGGCUGAACAAUUAGAUAGACAAGAAGUUAUAAGAAAUACUCAACUUAAUGCUAAACUCUCGGCUGAAUAUUCAUCAGAAGGAGAUAAAAUAAGAGCUAAAAUAGCAGAAAAGAAGAAACAUGAUCAUAGUGGAGGUAGUAGUGAUCAUGAAUCAGAACCAGAACUUCAUGAACAUCUUAAAUGGGAUGAAUUGAAUUUAUAUAAGACUGAACAAGAGAAAUCAUCUACUAUGAAGAUUGAUGAACCAAAGACUCCCUAUGAAGGAGGAUUUAAUCCUAGUGGAGAAUAUUAUAGAGAUGAUGAUGAAGAUACUCAAACCAAAGAUAUUCCUGAUUUUGAAUUGGGAGAAAGUGAAUUUGAUAAUUUAACAGAAAAGCCUAAAAUAGAAUCACUUCAUGGAGGAGAAGUUAUAAAAAAUGAAGAAGACGAUGAAAAUGAUGAAGAUGAAGAAGAAGAAGAUGAGGCUCCACCACUUACAGCUGAAGAGAGACAUAAGAAAUUUGAAGAAAUGAGAAAGGCUCAUUAUCAUAUGAAGGGAGAAGCAUUACAUCAUGUGAAUUUAAAUGAAAUAGAAGAUGACAAUUAGUAAUAUUAAUAAAGUUUAGUUA